AUGUCUUCGCAACAGGGCGCCCAGGGUCCUCCGCCUGGAGUAUCAACCCAAAAAGGCCCUCCGUAUGCCCCUCUCAAUGCCGGGCUGGGUGGGUCGCCGACCAUCCUGCCUGAUGUGCCAGUCGCCGUCGUCUUUAUGGUUUUGUACCUCGUCUUUGGCAUCAUCCACAUCAAGAUCUUCAAAAGCAACAAGCAUCGCGGCCACAAGUUUGUAUUCAAUGGCGCAAUCCUAGGCCUCUGCAAGGUUCGCAUCAUCACCAUGAUAUUACGCAUGGCAUGGGCAAACUACCCCAGGGACGUGAGCCUUGCCAUUGCGGCAAACAUCUUCACCUAUGCCGGCACCAUCAUCCUGUACAUGGUUAACUGGUUCUUCGCCCAACGCGUCAUCCGUGCCCAGCAUCCAAGCAUAGGGUGGUCGACCAUGUACCGCAUCUUUCACCGGACCGGACUUGUCCUUUUAAUCGUCACUUUGCUCGGCCUCAUCAUCAGCCAGAUCUGGAAGUUCUUCACUCUCGACAAAAACCAGCUCCAGGCCUUUGACGUACUGUUCCUCGUCUCCCAGACGUAUUCCACGGUAUUCUGUUUUGCGCCCGCCAUCCUCGUCACCCUUUCGCUUCUCGUCCCUCGCACCGAGGUUGAAAAGUUUGGUGCUGGCCGGCUGAGGUACAACAUCACUAUCCUCAUCAUCGCAGUGUUCGUCCUGUCGCUGGGGCAGGUGUUCCGUUGCGUUUUGGCCUGGAUCCCGGAAACUCCCAUGAUAGACGUCCAGCGCGGAGUGGUCGAGUUUCCCUGGUACCUGUCCAAGGCAAGCUUCUACUGUUUCAACUUUUUGACGGAAAUCUUUGUCGUUAUGCUGUUUGCCAUUUCCCGUGUCGACCUACGCUUCUACGUGCCAAACGGCGCGAGCAAGGUGGGAGAUUAUUCCAGAAGUCGCCUUGACCUCCAACCCGACGACGAGAAGAACAUACCUGGGGCCAAUGUUUCGCGUGCGCCCAUGACUCACAGCAAUGACUCGAACGAAACUCUGCACCGUUAUCAGUCUUCGGUGUUCGACGAUACUCAGACACUAGCCGAUUCGCUGCGAUACCCGCACUCGACUCUAGAGGUUGACGAGAAGACUGGCAACUGGAAGGUCAAACGUCUUUCGACAGAUUCAUCCAAAACCCGUCACACGUCAAUGUCGUUGGCCAAGUCAUCUCAGUCGACCCUGUAUGGAGGCUCAUCGUCUAGGUCCACGCCUCACACGAGUUUUUCCAAGCCGCCACAGCUCCCAAACCCAUCUGCGAAUUCACUAAAUGACAGAAAUUCACACGCAGCCAGCGAUACACCACCGGUCCCAGAGCUCCCGGCUGAGUGGCCAUUAACCGAUGCAGGACCGCUGCGCACGAGUCAUCUUUCAAAAAAUGGGCUACCGCACCGACCUGUUGUGCGUAAACAAACUUUUGAGCUCGAGGGCCACGAGCUCAACCACGUCGACAUCGGCGAUGCAGUUACCGAUGCAUUGGCCAAGCUAGAGAUGAACAGCCAAAGAACAAAGUUCACGUCUCCCAUCACACCACCCCCAGUAUACGGCAACGGCAAGUCGGCCAUCAAGAUAUACAGGCCCUCGGGACCCAUACGCAGCAGCAGCGGGCAAGCGUCUCCGAAAAAGUCAAGCAUAUACUCCGUCUACCCGCCCGGAGAAUCUGCAACCCGCAGCCGCGCCAACAGCAAUCCGAUUGACUCGCCACGGUACUCGGUUCCCAUGACCACCAGCACCAGCGCCAGCAGCAGCAGCAAACAGCCCCCGGCGGCCCAAACACUGCGAUCCUCACGCUCACAAUCGACGCACGGGCGGCCGGCGCUCUCCCAAAGCCCUAGCCUAGAAAUCAUAUCGCUCCUCAACCAUAUGAGCAGUGACCAAAGCCGCAUCAUCGACGCCUCACUCCUUCGCGAACCCGCCGCCGCUGCAACCACCCAUUUGCAGCGAAGUCCAAUGCUUUUGAAAGAUCGAAACAGCAACAAUCUUAAUGCUAAUGCCACGAAUGUUAUUCACGCUUCUACAUCAAAUGAACGACAACGACCACGACAACAGCAACAACAACAACAACAACAACCACAAAAAGCUACCUUGUUCACCCCAGAACGAGGCCUAGAACGCGCAAAAACACAAACAAGUUCGAACUACAGUCACGACUAUAGCCCCUCGUCGAGCACAAAUAGUCGCGACAACGAGUGGGCGGCUGAGGAAUUCCGCAAGUUCAGCUCCGAAGCUGCGUUGCGGGUCCAUCAUUCUCCGUAGUAGCUCUUUUUCUUGAUGUCGUAUCUUUAUCGUAUUGUGUGUAUAUUUUUUUUUAAUCUCAGCUUCUAAAAUGGAGGGACGGUCUUUUGGGGAGUUUCCAUCUCUCUCUCUC